UAUAAACACUAAACAGAGCAGGCUGUUGUGGUGGGCAUGGAAACAAUGGAAGUCUACAAAGCACUCUGUUUGAUGAAUCUACUAGUUGCAUUCCUUUCAAAAGGGUCUCACUCUCAGUUGGAUGUAUGCGGAACCCCUCUCAACACUAGGAUUGUGGGGGGUCAGGAUGCUCUUGCAGGGAGUUGGCCAUGGCAGGCCAGUCUGCACAGAUUUGGCAGGCAUUUUUGUGGGGGAUCCCUCAUCAACAAAGAGUGGGUUCUGACUGCUGCUCACUGCUUCUCCAGCCCCAGUACAUCAAAUUUGGUGGUCUACGUUGGUCGUCAGAACCAGAAGGGCUCUAACCCCAACGAGGUGGACCGCGGGGUCACUCAGAUCAUGUCCCACCCCAACUACACCAGAAGUACUAAUGACAACGACAUGUGUCUUCUCAAGCUCUCCUCCCCUGUGACUUUUACCAACUACAUCCGGCCAGUCUGCCUAGCUGCACCAGGCAGCUCUUUUCAUGCCGGCACUACUAGCUGGGUCACUGGCUGGGGCACCAUCCGCAGUGGAGUGUCCCUGCCCUCACCAAAGACCCUACAGGAGGUGGAGGUGCCAGUAGUGGGAAACAGGCUGUGUAACUUUAACUAUGGAGUAGGUACAAUCACAGACAACAUGAUCUGUGCUGGUCUAGCAGCAGGAGGAAAGGAUUCCUGUCAGGGGGACUCCGGAGGUCCGAUGGUAACCAAUCAGGGUACUCGCUGGAUCCAGUCUGGUGUUGUGAGUUUCGGCAAAGGCUGUGCCCUGGCAAAAUUCCCAGGAGUGUACACCAGAGUGUCCCAGUACCAGACCUGGAUCAACAGCCAGAUCAGCAGUGACCAGCCUGGCUUUGUCACCUUCUCCUCCAGUGGGACUGACUCUGACCUCAGUGUCUUCUGUACUGCUGUGGUGUGUGGCAGGGCUAGCUCCUCUUUGAACUCCCAUGUUGGUGGCGGAAGCUCGUUGGCGACAGCAGGUUUGUGGCCCUGGAUAGCCAGCAUACAGACUAACGGAGCGCACGUCUGCGGGGGCACUUUAGUGGCGGUAGACUCUGUCAUGAGUGAUGCCAGCUGCUUUUCUAGGGCACUGACCACCAAUGAUCACAGGACAUCACUAAACAGAGAUGCAACUCAUUAUCUCUCCAGCCAGGCCAACGCUUCUGAGUGGACCGUGAUUCUGGGUCGUCUGAAACAGAGCGGCUCCAAUCCCCACGAGGUAACCCAGAACGUCAUCAACAUCACCAUGAGCAAUGUGACAGGCAACAACGUGGCCAUCCUCCGACUGGCCAGCCAACCCACAUUGUCUGACUACAUCCAGCCUAUCUGUGUGGACAAGGGAACCAGAACCUUCAGCACAGGGACUCUGUGUUGGGUAGCUGGCUGGGCAACAGGUCAGGGUGGCGCUGAGGAAGUUCUGCAGGGGUUCCAGACCUCUGUGGUGGAAUGUGUGAAUGUUUCGUCUACGGACAACAUUUGCACCGGAGCUGUGACACUACUGCAGGGUAAUGCCGGUGGUCCUUUGAUGUGUAAGCAUGGCAACUCAUGGUUCCAGACUGCUGUGUUGACUGUCGACAGCAGCAGCAACACCACUAGCAAUAACAGCACCAACAAAGCACGUUGGAGCAGGGAUCCCCGCACCUCCCCUAUCCAAGUCUUCACCAAAACCUCCCACUUCCAAAACUUCCUGACUGCCAAUUUGGGAACCUUCCUAUCCCCUGCCACCUCAGCUGGUGGCAGCAGUGGAGCUUCCCUGGCCCACUCCUCUCUCCUCCUCUUCUCCCUCUCCUCUGUCCUACUGUUGGGUUGGUACUAGGAAACUCCACAGCUACCAUUGACAAGCCCUCUCUAACUUCCAACCAAAAGUAUAUUUUUUCGAGGAAUUAAUCCAUUUUUGUCAGUGACUGGUAGUGUGUCAAAGCCAGGUUUCUAGUUUUGAACUCAGGGAGCCUUAAUUUCCAGUCAUUUGAAUGAUGAAUGUUUCCAACUUCCUUUGUCUUUUUACUAUUUUUGCUGUCAAUGUUUUUGUAUCAGUAGCAUUUUCUGGAUACUAUUUUGUUAUGACACUUACAAGCAUUGCUGUUUGAGACGCAAUAUGCCAGGUUUUCUGUUAACUGUCUGGGUAUGUGUAACAUUGUAACAUGACAAUAUCCAGAUACCAUGUAAAACAAUGGAACAUAAUAAUGUUGCCAGAGUUGACCCUUUCUAGCCUGAGCGAAAUGUUCCAUUUCUUGCAGGAUCAAGACCUCUGCAUAUAUUAAUGGGUAUACUUUGCUGGUGUAAAACCAUGAUUAGGCAUUUUGAAAGCUGAGAAACAGCGCCUUGACUGAUUGCUAUUGUAUGUCACAUUUCAAGAAAUAACCUGUGAAAACAUGCUUCUUAUACAAAAAUCUAUGCUUUCUCCCAAACAACUGCCAUUCCCACAACUUUUUAAUGAAGAUGAGGAAAGAGAGCAUAUUGUCUUUGUUUGAUAAGUGUUGAACAUUUGAAAUCAGAAUAGAAAUACCUUUUACUGAUGUUAUUUUUCAAAAAUUCUAUGGAAUAUUCCUUGAUCAGACACUAUCUGGUUAGUAAAUAAAUAAAAAUCUGCAUCAAAACAAAUUACAACCAGCAUUUAGUCUUACAUGAGGAAAUAAGUAAUAUAAUAUUAAAACAACCUUAUUCUUUCAAUGAAGUUUUGGGGAAUAGAUUGUCUGUCAUAGCCAUAACAUUCAUCUCAGUGAUUUUUACCAUAAAAAUUGAUCUGGAAUUACAGUACCUAUAGAAAGACUACGCUCCCUUAACUUUUUCAAAAUAUUGUUGUGAGAAAACAAGUAUAUAUUAAAAAUACAUAACUGAAAUAUAACUGGAUAAGUCUCCUGAUUUAUAAGCCCCCUGAUUUAAUACUUGGCAGAAGCACCUUCGGCAGCAAUUUCAGCUGUGAGUUCUGAAAUAUGUUUCUACCAACUUCGUAUUUAGAACUCUGGAGAGACC